GCUAACAAAAUAAAUUCAUAUAACGAUUAUACGAUGCCAAACUUUAUCCUUUCUUUUUCAUGACAACGACCAGAAACAAAAAGUGUAAAUUUUCCAUUAUAAUUGAAACAAAAUCAUUUUUGUUCCUUCCUUUAUUUCCAAAAAAAUAAUGAGAAACAUUCUGAGCUGGAUAAGAAACAUGAGACUGUUGUUUCAUAUGCAAACAAAUGAACACACUUAACACGUUUAGAGAACCCAGAUUUGAAAGCUUGCAAUCAAAUUUAGAGAACCCAGAUUUUCUUUUUCUUUUUUGAUUUGUAGUUGGUUUAAAGUUUUGUUCUUUAUCAUCAUCUAUGUUAAAAAGGGUGUUUUUUUCUUGUGUUUGGCUCUUUUAUGGAGGUUUGUUGUCCAUGGCUGCAAGUGAUAGUAACGACAGUUCAAGACAACUUGAUCAAACACCAACAUGGGCUGUUGCUGCUGUUUGCACUGUUUUCAUCUUGAUAUCCAUAGCUCUUGAGAAGAGUCUUCACAAAUUAGGAAUGUGGUUAGGAAAAAGGCAAAAGAAGGCAUUACUUGAAGCUCUAGAGAAGGUCAAAGCUGAGUUGAUGAUAUUAGGAUUCAUUUCACUGCUAUUGACUAUAGGGCAGAAUUACAUUGUGAGAAUAUGUAUUUCUGAAAAAAUUGCAGACAAAAUGUUGCCAUGUCCACUUAAUAAUAUAAGUGAUAACAAGAAAUCAAGUAGUGUUGAAGUGAGAAAUCUUAGGAAACUUGUGUCUUAUGAACGUAGAUAUUUAGCUUCUGAUACUACCUCCUACAAAUGUAGCCGGAAGGGACAUGAACCACUUUUAUCUGUCAAUGGACUGCACCAGUUACACAUCCUCAUAUUCUUCUUAGCAGUAUUUCAUGUGUUUUACAGUGCUGUCACAAUGCUUCUUGGAAGAUUAAAGAUACGUGGAUGGAAGCAAUGGGAGGAAGAGGCUUCAACCAAUGGUUAUGACAAUGGUGCUGCAAGAUUUAGGCUCACUCAUGAAACAUCAUUUGUAAGAGCUCAUACCAGUUUUUGGACAAGGCUUUCUAUCUCUUUCUAUAUUGUCUGCUUCUUUCGACAGUUUUAUAGGUCAGUGCGUAAGGUUGAUUAUCAGACUUUGCGCAAUGGAUUUAUCAAUGUUCACCUAGCUCCUGGAAGUAAAUUUAAUUUCCAAAAGUAUAUCAAAAGAUCAUUAGAAGAUGACUUCAAAGUUGUUGUGGGAGUAAGUCCUGUCCUGUGGGCAUCAGCAGUAGUUUUCCUACUCCUAAACAUUGAUGGAUGGCGUACUCCAUUAUGGGCAUUCUUAAUUCCAAUUAUCAUAAUUUUGGCUGUCGGAACAAAACUUCAAGUGAUAUUAGCAAGAAUGGCUCUUGAAAUCGCAGAGAGACAUGCAGUUGUGCAAGGAAUGCCUCUUGUUCAAGGGUCAGACAGAUACUUUUGGUUUGGUCAACCUCAGUUUGUUCUUCAUCUUAUCCAUUUUGCUUUGUUCCAGAAUGCAUUCCAAAUAACAUAUAUAUUGUGGACAUGGUAUUCUUUUGGGCUGGAAAAUUGUUUCCGUUUGGACCUUAAACUUGCCAUUAUAAAAGUAGCUUUCGGGAUUGUGAUGCUAUGCCUCUGCAGCUACAUUACCCUUCCAUUAUAUGCUCUUGUAACACAGAUGGGUUCAAGGAUGAAAAAAUCAGUAUUUGAUGAACAAACAUCAAAGGCAUUAAAGCAAUGGCACAUGACAGUGAAAAAGAAGCAAAGAACAGUGAAGCUAGGAAAGUCCACUAUAGGAACCGUAGAUGGUAGCAGCAUUGGAUCAACAAUGCAGUCCCCUGGUCCAGCACUUCAUCGUUUCAAAACUACCGGUCACUCAACAAGAUCUUCAACAUUUGAGGAACAUGAUGAAUAUGAAUUAUCUGAUAAUGAGUUGGCAAAAACUAAUUUGAUUGUAAGAGUUGAUCAUGAUGGUGAGCAACAAGUUGAAGAUAGGCAUCAUAGUGAGGGAGAAGCCAAUAAUGAUGAGUUCACUUUUUUCAAGCAUAAUAUUAAAAGCUUAGUUUAAUGAAUUUUUUCUUACACAUUAUUUUACACAACUUAUUUAUAAUUUGACAAAUUUGUGAAUUAUAAAUGAAUGUUUGUGUAAAAUUAUUUACAUUGUUGUGUUUAAAUUAUUGAAUAGUGAUGCUAGUGCAUUUAUCAUUUGUUCA